GCACCAUCGCAUGCAUCAAGGGCCAGCUGCUUGCCAUGUCCUGGGCAUUCGGCCCCUGGUCGCGCCUACGCACCAGGGGCCUAGGCCACCUCAUUGAGACCCGCCGCACUUGGAGCUCUCACCUCACAGUCUCGCCCGCCGCACGCGAAGACCUGGCCUUCUGGCGAGACUACUUCGACCACUUCAACGGCCGCCGCAGCCUCUGGCUGCCCACGCACGUCCACACCCUCAUGCACUGCGACGCCGCCGGCAAGAACAAGUCCUUCCCCGGCGGCUGGGGCGCGUGGACCGUGCUGAACGGCCAGGUCGUGUCAGCACGCGGCACCUGGGACGGCCGCAUCAGCUCCUUCGGCUCCACGCCACAGGAGCUGCAGGCAGUCCUGAACGGCCUGCGCUCCUUCCAAGGCCCCGCCGGCCUAGAGGGCCAGACCAUCCGCGUGAUGACCGACAACCUCAAUGCGGCCAACAUCAUCAACAAGGGCUCCGCCAAGGCCGACAACUGCUACGUCGUCGCCUACGAGCUCCUGUGGUACUGCGUGGAGCGCAACAUCCGCCUGGAGGCUCAGUGGGUGCCACGCGACAAGAACCAGUUUGCCGACUACCUAAGCAAGAUCCAAGAUCCGGACGACUGGGCGGUCAGCGACAGCACCUUUACAGCUCUGUCCAAGCAGUGGGGCCCGUUCGACAUCGACCUCUUCGCCUCUCACCGCACCCACCGCCUCCCGGCCUACUACGCCACCCACUUCGCGCCCGGUGCCGCUGGCGUCGACGCCUUCCGCUUCCGCUGGGGGCGCGCCUGCUGGGCCUACCCGCCAUUUAACCUGCUGCUCCACGUGCUGAAGCACGCCCAGGCCUGUCGCGCGCGCAUGUGCCUGCUCGCCCCUGUCUGGCCCACUCGCGACUGGUGGCCCUUCCUGACUAGCGAUGGGGCGGUCUUCAAGGGGUUUGUGCACGGCGUGCGGGUACUGGGCAAACCACGGGACGUGAUCGCGGCAGGGCAGCCGGUGCCCCAGGCCCGGCUCCGCCAGGUGUCCAUCCUGGGCGGCCUCGCCGCCCGCGCCGACCCCGUGCUGAGCGGCCUAGCGGUCGAGUUCUCGGCCGCAGUCGACGGCAAGCUUGCCGUCGGCACACAGCGGCAAUACCGGGAGCCUUGGUCCGCCUUCACGCGCUGGUGGGAGGCGCGGCGCCUGGACGGCUCCAUCUACGACACGCCGCCCAACGUGGUGGGCCUGUACCUCUUCAGCGCUUACGUGGCGUCCGCGGAAGACAGCGUCGGCGGCGGCCGUGUGCGGCAAGCUAGCGCCGCCAUCCACCACUACUUCACCGCCGCAGCUCGCGACUCUCCAACAGGCCACCCCAUCUGCGUGGCCGCCCGAGAGCUGGCCGCCCGGUACCUCGUCCCGCAGGCCCGCGAGCGCGGCGCUUUCUCUGCUGACAACGUGGCCAGGUUCGUGGCCGCCCACGGCGGCCCCGGCGCGAGCCUCAUUGACCUCAUGUACUGCACCUGCGUGUCCGUGAUGUUCCACGGCUUCCUGCGCUGGAGCGACAUGGCCGAGGUGUCUGUGCACGCAGACCUGCUUGUGCUAACAGACACCCACGCAGAGCUCUUCAUCCCGCGCUCCAAGACGGACCAGCUCUGGCAAGGCGCGUGGGUGCCGCUGUCGCGCACCGGCGGCCCGGCCUGUCCAGUCGCGCUGAUCGAGCGCCUGCUGGCCGCCGGCGCCUACCAGCGCUCCCCCAGCUUCGACGGCGAGGACGUGGGCCCGCUGCUGCGCGCCGUUACGGCCACGCGCAGCGGCCAUCGCCUGCAGCAGCUGAUGACCGGCACCACUCAGGCGCCCGUCUUCAGCGUGACCUACAACACCUUCGCCGGGCACCUGCGGCGCAUGUGCGCCGCCACAGCUCUGCCAGACAACCUCAAGUCUCACUCCCUGCGCAUCGGAGGCAACAGCCGGGCCGAGGAGCUCGGCUUCCCCGCCGAGCUCCGCAUGCGGCACGGGCGCUGGCGCUCGCUGCCCAUGGUGGAGCACUACACCCGCCGCGAACUGGCGCCCGCUCUGGAGAUGACCCGUCAUCUCGUCUGAGUGAGGCCGCUAGCGGCGACUCCACCUAUCUCUUCGGCCUGCAGUGUAAGUGCCCUUGGCUGUUCGUCCCGACUCCUUCAGCCGAUCUGACCCUUGCUCCGACAGCUCAGCUCUGCCGAGUCUCUCUUACAGCGGAGGCCGUCUAUGUCGAUGUACCUCGGCGACACCUCGGCGACACAGUCAACGGCGGCACGCAGUUGAAGGCAAGGGACAGGUAGCGAGUCUCCAGGCGGGAUUGCCCUACAGGCACCCCCAACACCGAGCGUGUCAACGGCAUGUCGGCGCCCCAACGGACCGCCGCUCUUGCCGCCGCUCAGUUGGCACGCUCCUCAGCACAGGACUGCACAGGAUGCAAAGUGAGACCAUGCCAGCCUUUGUGUCGCAGUAUUUCAGUCUGCUUUUUAUGGCAUCACAGUGUGGUAAUGCAGCAGAAGUGGCGCCGCCGCGCACUAGGCCUGCACUGCUGUUUCACACACUGCAAUCUGCGGCACACCAACCCUGAACUGUCCUGCACAGUGACAUGCGCCGUGAGGGUUAUGGCGUAAGGUUGCUCAGGGGCCUCAUGUUGCAUGAACCAGCACAGUCCUAGGGCGCACCAAAUCCCCGUGUGGCCACUGAGUCCCAGACUCCCAGAAUCUAGUUUUGUACAAUUGCGGGUCCACAUUUGGUUAGGAUUCAGGCUGCUCGCAAUCUAAGGCAGCUUGUUUGCAGUCUUACGCUGCACUUAUCGCGCAUUGCCACAUACAGUGACAGUCGAUUUGCCAUAUCCAUGGAUUGCAAAUGGCAUUGCAAUGUCGACCACCAGUGACAACCUAUCACGGCCCUACACGGCUGGCUCUCUACAAGAAC